GCUGCGCUGCGGCGCGCACAGGCUCCGCCGGCUGCUAUUCCGGCUGGCGGCCGCCGCAGGAAGGGCCGGCUCCCGAGCUCCCUCCGCCCCUUUCCCUCGCCUUCUGCUGACGCUGACGUCGGACGAGGGACCUGGAGGGACGUUCUGAGCGCGGCCGGGAGGCUCCCGGGGGCCCGAGCUCCGAGGUUAUAAUAUAACUUAUCCUCCCAUGCUUUUCCUCUGUCCCUUCUUCCCAAAUCAUCAGCUGUAGAAAAAGAAGAAGGAAAAACAUGUCAGGACACAAAUGCAGUUAUCCCUGGGACUUACAUGAUCGCUGUGCUCAAGAUAAAUCAGUUGUAAAUAAAAUGCAACAGAAGUAUUGGGAAACAAAGCAGGCAUUUAUUAAAGCCACAGGGAAGAAAGAAGAUGAACAUGUUGUUGCUUCUGACGCAGACCUGGAUGCAAAACUAGAGUUAUUUCACUCAAUUCAGAGAACCUGUUUGGACUUGUCUAAAGCAAUUGUACUUUACCAAAAGAGGAUAUAUUUCUUGUCUCAAGAAGAAAAUGAACUGGGAAAAUUUCUUCGAUCCCAAGGCUUCCAAGAUAAAACCAGGGCAGGAAAAAUGAUGCAAGCAACUGGAAAGGCCCUCUGCUUUUCUUCCCAGCAAAGAUUGGCCUUGAGAAAUCCUUUGUGUCGAUUUCACCAAGAAGUGGAGACCUUCCGGCAUCGCGCCAUCUCCGACACGUGGCUGACGGUGAACCGCAUGGAGCAGUGCCGGACUGAAUACAGAGGGGCGUUAUUGUGGAUGAAAGACGUGUCCCAGGAGCUCGAUCCAGACCUGUGCAAGCAAAUGGAGAAGUUCAGGAAGGUACAAACACAAGUACGACUUGCAAAAAAAAACUUUGACAAAUUGAAGAUGGAUGUGUGUCAAAAAGUGGAUCUCCUUGGCGCAAGCAGAUGCAAUCUCUUGUCUCAUAUGUUAGCAACAUACCAGACUACUCUGCUUCAUUUUUGGGAGAAAACUUCUCAUACCAUGGCAGCCAUCCAUGAGAGCUUCAAAGGUUAUCAACCAUAUGAAUUCACAACAUUAAAGAGUUUACAAGACCCUAUGAAAAAACUAGUUGAAAAAGAAGGAAGGAAAAAGAUCACCCAGCAGGAAAGUACAGAAGCAGCCACAGAGGAUCCAAAUCAGUUAAUUUCAUUGGCCGAUGAAAACCAGAGCAAGGAAUCCUCUAGUUUUAAACCUGAAGAUGGAAAAAGUGUUCUAUCUGCCUUAGACAAAAGCUGUACACAUGAUGUGUCCUCAGGACCUGUAGAUGAGUUAUUAGAUAUGAAAGCUGAGGAAGGGGCUUGCCUGGUCCCAAAGGCAGGGACCACGGAACUCGAAGGUGCUGACAAAGAUGACCUGCUGCUGCUGAAUGAGAUCUUCAAUGCUUCCUCCCUGGAAGAAGGCGAGUUCAGUAAAGAGUGGGCUGCUGUGUUUGGAGACAGUCGGCUUAAAGAGCCCGCACCAGCUGUGGCCGCAGGAGAGCCAGACCCCAAGCCUCAGGCAGGCUCAGGAUUCCUCCCUUCACAGCUUUUAGACCAAAACAUGAAGGACUUGCAGGCUUCCCUUCAAGAGCCUGCCAAGGCUGCCUCGGAUCUGACUGCCUGGUUCAGCCUCUUUGCUGACCUUGACCCUUUAUCAAAUCCUGAUGCUGUUGGAAAAACUGAUAAAGAACACGAAUUGCUCAAUGCAUGAGUCUGCAGCCUCCAGGAGCAGCGGACACCCGUGCCGAUCUUCAGCAACACCACGGGGUUUAGCACAAGUAUAAAGUGAUCAGUAUACUGUUUUAACAUUUACGUGCCAUUUUAAUAAAAUCAAAGGGUCAGAGGCCCUGUU